AUCAGUUAUCACAAAAUCUGUUUAUUAUAACAAAUUACUAAAAAGUUUCGGCUCACAUCAUGACUUCAUGAAUUGGGUUCAUGAAUUUUUGAGCCCUCGUGUUUUGUGUUAUUUGCAUCGUUUAUUGUUUAGAAUGCUGUAAAGUUAAUUAUACUUGGAUUUAAAGUUAUAGCAGUAACACUUAUUUAGCAAGGAAAGAUGAAAAUCCGAAAAAGGACAAAAUUAGCAGAAAUGCACUAUGAACCUGAGGAUUUAGAGGAUGUAAAUAUGAAUGAGGUUACAGAUUCUGAGGAAGAAUAUUCAGAAAGUGAACGGAAAUUACUUCAGGAUGUACGAUCUAGACAUUCUUCAGAAAGUUAUGACAGUGAUUAUGAAGUAUAUAAGUUAAAUGAUGAUAAUGGAAAGGAUCAAGUUAAUAGCGAAGAUGAAGCGCAAACAGAUUCUAUGGAAUCUGAUAUCGAAGGAUUGGACAAUGAUUUUGAUUUGCCAAAUGAAAAGGCUUGGGGUAAAAAGAAGAAAGCGUAUUAUUCCACAGAUUAUGUUGAUGCUGAUUUUGCCAGCAUUACUCAGAAAGAUUUAGCUGAAGCGGAACUGGAAGAGCAAGAAGCUAGAAAUAUCCAAAAAAGACUGGCAGAACAAUUAGAUGAUGCUGAUUUUGGAUUAGAUUUUAUACAGUCUAAAAAAAGUGAUGAGCAAGAAAGUCAUGAGGAUACUAAACAGCUUGUUAAAAGUGAUUUUAGUAAACUUAGUAAAAGACAGAAACAAGCAUUAAUGCAGAAGGAAAGUCCUGAAUUUGUGGCUCUUGUAAAUGAUUUUAAAGAUCGUAUGGGAGAAGUAAGGGACACACUAACACCAUUUAUGAGAUUAGUCAAUAAGGAUAUACUUCCCAGUUGUCCUGCUGUUUCUUUCAUAAAGACAAAAUAUCAUCUUUUAUUAAAUUACUGUAUCAAUAUUUCGUUUUACUUAAUGCUCAAAGCUAAAAGGUUACCUGUAAAUUCUCAUCCAGUUAUAAAACGUUUAGCUCAGUAUCGUCAAUUAUUAAAUCAGUUAGAAUCAGGGCAAGGAAAUCUGAUGCAGGAAGUGCAAGAGAUAUUAAAGGCACAAAAACAAGGCAAACCUUUAUACAAUAUAUUUAAUGGUGCUGAAAUAAACGGUAAUGAACAGAAAACGAAUAAUAGUUCCAAGGAAAAAUCAAAAUAUCCAAAGAAAUCUGCAAAAAAAAUUAAAUCUUCGUCUGUACCUGAAUUCGAAUCCGAAGCCGAAGCCGAACCUGAAUUUGAAAUAGAAGAAAAAGAAUCUGUAAGUGAAGAGAAUUUAGAGAAUGAUGAAGAUAUGGCGGAAGAAAACCAAGUGAAAGAUAUUAAAAUUAUUGAUACUGUAAUUGAUAGUCAAAAAAAGAGAGCAAUUACAUAUCAAAUAGCAAAGAAUAAAGGUUUAACACCGCAUCGUAAAAAAGAACAACGAAAUCCCAGAGUGAAACAUAGAAACAAAUAUCGCAAAGCUAAAAUUCGUAGAAAAGGAGCUGUAAGAGAAGUAAGGAAAGAAGUGACACGUUAUGCUGGAGAAAUAUCUGGUAUUAAAGCAAGUGUUAAGAAGAGUAUAAAAUUAAAAUAAUCAGACUGUAUCACUAUUAGAGACUACAUUAGAAAUAAUAAAUUUUAUUAUUAAAAUA